AUGCGCUCCGACGGCGCGGCCCCCGGGCCGGUGGCGCCGCUGUGCGGGGCGCUGAGCCUGGUGCUGGGCGCGCUGCUGGGCAAAGUGAUCGAGGGCCGUGAGGUCACCGACACCAUCCCGGGGUUCUCCUCGCCGCCGCCCUACCUGCCCGUGAGCUUCCGCGUCCUCGGAGCGGACACCUCCUUCCUCCUGAGGGCGGCCCGCCGGGACCCCACGCACAACGCCAGCCUGCAGUCCCGCGUGGAGUCCUUCUUCACCUACGGCGCCCGGCGGCCCCCGCUCCUCAACGCCAGCUACGGGCCCUUCUCCGUGGAGAAGGUGCUGCCUCUGGACCCGACCUUGACCUUGACCUCUCUAGGCCGCACCGAGACGUUUCGUUUCGACUGGAAGCUGCGGGCCCACGUCCUGCAGGACAAGAUCUACCCGGGCCGGCCGGUCGCGCAGGUCCUGUUCCACGUGCUGGGCCGGGACUGGGCGGAGCCGGACCCCGCCGCGCCGCUGCCCUGCCUGCGGGUGUACGCCUUCCGGGAGACGCGGGAGGUCAGGGCCAGCUGCCGGCUGCGGGGCGCGCUGGGGCUGUGCGUGGCCGAGCUGCGGCUGCCGCCCGGCUGGUUCAGUGCCCCCGCCGUGGGGGCCGGGAGGCGGCGGCCGGCGGGCCCGGACGAGGGGAGCCCCGUGGAGCUCUACUACACGGUGCACGCGGGGGACGGCGGGCACGGGGACUGCGCCGGCGGCGGCGGUGACCUCAGGAAGGGCAACGCCAUCCGCCCCGGGAGGGACGGCCGGGAGGACGCGGCGUCCCACCUGCAGAGGGUCGGCGCCGUGCGCCUCUACCGCGCCCAGGACCGCGGCGACCGGCUCCGCGAGCUGCGCCUGGACGGCGACGUGGCCGUGUGGCUGCCCUCCAGGCCGGCCAAGCAAGGGGACGUGGUGACCGCCUACGUCACCGUGGCCAGCAACUCCACGGCGGACCUCUUCACCUUGAGAGCCAAGGUGAAGAAGGGGCUGAACGUCCUGAGUGCGCGGCCCAGCGAGCCCGGCCGGUGGGCGGUGCGGCAGGAGCUGGGCGCCGGCGGCAAACACAGCACCAGCACCGUGGUCUGCCAGCGCCUGGGGCCCGGCGCCCGCAACAGGAGCAGCAGCGCCGUGUUCAGCGAGGUCGCGCAGCUGAGCUUCGAGGUCGCCGGCUACAGCAGCCUGUCGGGCUCGCAGCCCAUCGCCUGGCAGCUGGAGUACCCGCACGCGGGCGCCGCGGGCAGCGCCGUGUCCCAGAUCUUCGUCAGCCAGCAGGACCUGGUGGGCAUCGUGCCUCUGGCCACGGACACGGAGCUGCUGAACACGGCCAUCCUCACGGGGCAGGCGGUCGCCCUGCCGCUCCGGGCCGUGUCCGUGGAGGAGAGCGGCGCCGUGACGGACAUCUCCGAGGCCGUGGAGUGCAAGGCCGCCGACGAGGCCGUCCUCAAGGUGUCCGACCGCUGCGACUACGUCUUCGUCAACGGGAAGGAGAUGAAGGGCAAGGUGGACGCCGUGGUGACCUUCACCUACCAGCACCUGAGCGCCCCCCUGCACGUCACCGUGUGGGUGCCCCGGCUGCCGCUGCAGAUCGAGGUCUCGGACACAGAGCUGAGCCAGAUCAAGGGCUGGCGGGUCCCUAUCGUGGACAGUAAGAGGCCCAUGCACGCCAGCGAGGAGCAGGAGGAGGACGAGGAGGUGCGGCGCGGCCGGGGCUGCGCCCUGCAGUACCAGCGCGCCACGGUGCGCGUGCUCACCCGCUUCCUGUCCGAGGGCGCCGGGCCCUGGGCCCCGCCCAGCCUCCUGCUCGGCCCCGACUGGCAGGUGGACGUCACCCACCUGGUGGCCGACUUCAUGAAGCUGGAGGCGCCGCGCGUGGCCACGCUGCUGGACGGCCGGGUCCUGGUCGGGCGGGAGGCCGGGAUGACCACCAUCCAGGUGCUGUCCCCUCUGUCCGACUCCAUCCUGGGCGAGAAGACGGUGACGGUGCUGGAGGACAGAGUGUCGCUGACGGACCUGGCCGUCCAGCUGGUGGCCGGGCUGUCGCUCACCCUGCACCCCAGCGCGGGGAACGGCGAGGUGGUCACCGCUGUGGCCGAGGCGGACGAGCUGCUGCGGGCCCCCAAGCAGGAAGCCGUGGUCAGCACGUGGCUGCGGUUCAGCGACGGCUCGGCGGCGCCCCUGGACAUCUACGACAGCCGGGACUUCGCCCUGAGCGCCUCCUCCCUGGACGAGGCCGUGGUGUCCGCGCCCCCGGCGCGCGCCCCGGGGUGGCCCGUGGUGGCGGCCGAAGGGGAGGGCCAGGGGCCGCUGGUCCGCGUGGACCUCAGCAUCGCCGGCACCUGCCAGAAGUCCAAGCGCCGGAGCGUCCUGGCGGGGGGCGUGGGCAGCGUCCGGGUCAAGUUCGGCCCGAAGGACGCGGACUCGGGCCCCGGCGGCGGCGGCGGCGGCGGCGCAGAGGCGGCGGAGGAGGACGCGGAGGGCGAGACCCGGAACCACGCCAGCGACCGGCGGCCCGAGGGCGCGGAGGCCGAGCGCGAGGAGGGGGCGGCGCGCAGGGGCGGCCCCACGGCCCGGUCGCUGCUGGACCCCAAGGCGGCCCGGAACAGCCGGCCGGCCGGGGCCCGUGCGCCCGCCGCGGGGCAGGUGCAGAACAUCCCGCUGGACCUGAGCCACUUCCCCGCGCGGCCCGGGGGGCUCCCGCGCGCGGCGGCCGGGGCGGGGCUGGCGGGCGGCGGCCCGGCGCCCGGCGCGCGCGGCCUGAGCGACCUGGAGGUCGGCAUGUACGCGCUGCUGGGCGUCUUCUGCCUGGCCAUCCUGGUCUUCCUGGCCAACGGCGCCACCUUCGCCCUCAGGUACCGGCGCAAGCAGCUGCCCCCCGAGGGCCCCGCCUCCUCCGGGGGGACCCACGCGCACGACUGGGUGUGGCUGGGCAACGAGGCGGAGCUGCUGGACAGCGCGGGCCGGGGGUCCCCGCCGCCGCCCCCGCCGCCGCCGCCGCCCGAGGAGCGCACGACCGUCCUGGACCGCGGGCCCGCGGGCUGCGAGGACCUCAGCCGCCUCCUGCGGAACGGGGGCGGCUCCCCGAAGCGGGCGCAAGGCCAGGCGCCCCGCCCCGCUGCCGAACCGGGGGGCGGGCCGGGCCGGGACCCCAGUCGGGAGCCCCCGCCCUCGCCCACCUCCAGGAGGAGGAAGGUCCAGUUCGCCUCCUUCCCCGACGGCGGCGGCGGCCCCACCGCGACCCCCGUCCCCAGCGGCCCGGAGGACAGCCCGUGGGUGGGCCCGGACCUGGGCGUGGGCGCCCCCCACGAGCUGAGAACCUACCUGGACAAGUUCCAGGACGCAGUGUAG